CUUUUUGUUCAUCAAUGAUAAGACUGAGUCUUUACUUUUAAAAUUUAUUUUUAGCAUCUUCACUCGAUUAAAAACGUGUAAUAUUAAUUUAUGGAUUUCAAUCCAAAUGAACAUCGAAAUGAGACUGCCCGUUUUACCUCUGGUCUACUUUAGGCCGUGGUAUCUUUCCAUGCCCAAAUUAAAUAAGAGAGAUGCAUGGAGCCAUGGACAGAUUUUUGUUUGGAACGGUAGAUGCAUAUGUGUGAGACGGGGUUAAUGUAAAUUGGUGGUCAUGCCCUUUGAUUUUGGUCACUGGAAGGCGAGUAUUAAACUUGCUUGUGGUUUGAACAAAAAUGUGCAACCCAUAACUCUGAUUUAUUUCGUAGAAAAGCAGUUAAACAGGUUUUACGCUAUAUAUCACUCAAGGGAAAAGUGUACACAUUGCAAAACGUUCACUCAUAAAGAAAUGCUUACUUGCAUUUAACUGCCUUGUUGUUUAAAGAAAAAAGGUUGUCAGAAAAGUUUACAGGUUAAUUAUUUGAUCAUAAAUUGUUCUUUUGUGGAGCUAGGAGAAAGCCUAUUGGCAGUAACACUCGUGUGCUGGGCUCCCGAUCCAAAGGAAAAUGUCGCAAAAUCAGUCGCAAAAAUCUAAAUGGGACCAUUCCUGGGAUUCAUCUGGACUUGGUUCAAGAAGUUCUCACCAAGAAAUCCGUAAGUUCUAUGCAGACUGGGCUAAUGAGUAUGACAGAGAAUACUUGGAUAACCUGGGAUAUGCGGGACACAAGAUAGCGGCCGAAACACUUGCAAAAUGGGUUAAAAACAAGGAUGCACGCAUAUUAGACGCAGGCGCAGGUACCGGGUUGGUUGGAGAAUGUCUCCAACAACUUGGAUAUAACAACUUGGAUGCACUUGAUAUCUCUCCAGAGAUGCUUGCAAUUGCUGAGAAGAAAGGCAUUUAUAAAAAUAUGUACGUGGAUACUCUCGGAGGACCGACUCCAAUUCAACUGCCUUCCAACCAGUAUGAUGCAGUGUUAAUCAUUGGCGCCAUUACCCAUACACGAGCCGCUUCGUUAGAUGAGCUGAUCAGGAUCACCAGGCACAAUGGAGUUAUCAUCUUCACACUGCGCGUCGACGUCGCCGAAGAUCCUGAUAACGAAUAUGAUUUCAAACAGAAACUGCCACAGUUAGAAUGUGAGAAAAAGGUGGAGCUUUUAGCAAACCCUCGUACUGCUUAUCGUGUACCCUACGACUGUUUUAUGUAUUCCUACCGGGUGCUGAAGGAUACUGAAUAGUGGCUUUUUGUGUUAUGAAAUUGGGGAUCUUUGGAUUCAAGCUUGAAGUUUUCGCAUAUUAAGUUUAACGUGCUAUAUCUCACUGCAUCUUGAAGGAUAUGUUGUUAAUUGUGACUUAGGAAUUUGACAUUGCAGUUUAAUUUUAGAAUAUGCUAAUUAAAAGAAAAAUGUCUUUGCAGUAAAUAUUCAGCGUCGCUUAGAUUUUUGUAUGAACUCGUUUGAGAAGGUUUGUUUUAACUUAGAGACAAACGUUCAGCGUCGUUUUGAAUGUAUUUGUAUCACAAAAAAGUAAACAACCCGAGUGCUCAAUAUCUGGUACAUGAAUGCAUCCAUGACUGGACUGUGGCAAUAGAACAGAAAUGAAAUUUAUUUUAGUUAGGGGCCUUUGUGCUAAGAUAUUAGAAACAGGUAGUUUUUAUAAGCACAAUUAGAACUUUAUAGACGUAUGAUAAGUUUUCGACAAAAUUUUCCCCUGCAAAUACAUCAUUUUAUGGUAUGAGCUACUAGUUAGAAAAUAUUGCUAUU